CGAAGAAGGGCCUGUCGUAAAAACACAAUGGCAGGAACCUGCCAUUGUGUAGCAAUGGCAGGAAUGGUGGCGCAAGCAAGUAUACGAGGACCGCCGCAACGAUGCUGCAAUCGCCCAAGAGCAAAGGAGGGGGUCGCUUAACCGGCUUCCGCGGCCGAGUCCUGCAGUUGAGGGGGCCGGUCCGAUUGCAUGGCGUCCCAGACCUCCCCUACCAAGAACAGGCUGACGUUCCCACUCCCGUCAUGGAAGCCAUCGUGGAAGGUACGGGCGAGGCUGCGGGCGUGCGUAGCACAGCGACACCGGCAGAGGAUCCACCGCGCCGCGCAUCACUCACAGAAAGGGUGGCCGCUGUACCUGCGCCCUGUUCGGCCACCACGUCGACAGCGACCGCGACGGGUGGAUACCUUGACGACGGUGUCGUCGCAGUGCGCCCGCAGUGCGGAACAGGGUGACGAGAUGCUGCAGGUGCUGCGGAGGAUCGAAGUCUACCACCCGCCUCACUGUCGCAGCAGAGAGGACGGCAGCGGCUCAGGAGGGCAUCCUGGAGCAGGUGCGCGACAUGGCGCAAGACAGAGCUGCGCACCUGCAGCAAGAAAGAAAUUAAUUUAUUGUUUAUUUUAACUUUUUUAAUAUCAUUUUAUUCAUUUAUUGUGUUUUAUGAGUUCUGUUUAUUUUAUUUAUUUAUUGUUGUUUGAGAUUUAGUGCUUAAGUUUCCUUGUUGCCGUGUAUGAGUAAUACAGGAGGAUUUUUUGGACGAAGACGUAACGCGUGCACCCAUUUUUGUUCUGUAGUAUUUGCCUCUUUCUGUUUAUGGUUAUCCGGCUGCAACGCCAGGGUGAUUUUUUUGUUUACACAUUUCAAAGGCGUCUAGUCAUUCACACUGGAAUCAUUACAGAUUGUUCUCGAUUUCUGUGUAUGGGUUUUGUACUGUGAUAUUUAUAUUGCUUCACUACGUGUUGUAGCUUACUGCACUCAUUAUGAAGCGUUACCGCAUAGUGUUUGCACUGUGAUAUUUUCAUUUUGGCACAGUGAGCCUAAUGUGCAACAACUACAAUGUGCUCUUUUUUCAGAGCACCAAACUAGUCACUCUUUAAGUUGCAUAGUUUCACAAAUUAAAACGUCCAUCAUCAUUGCACCACGCCGGUGAUUGGUUUCCUCUGGUCUUCGUUCCAAGUGAGUCGUUGCAAGAAUAAGUUUCACGUGUGACACGUUCUGGAUGCUAUGAGAUUGUAGAGCCAAUUAUUCAUGUUGUGCGUAAUUUAUGUUCCAUCACAGCUGGCAAGUGCACUCACCUUUUUACAAUUAUGACCCUCUUGCUGUUUAGCAUCGCACUACAAUUGCUGUCCAGAAAUGAAUGCUUCUAGUCAGUGACUCAUAACACUGACAAGGGAACGGACAUACCUGUCAAAGUCAUACUUUCUUGCAAGGUAACGUAGUUGUAACUGGAAGUUUUAUAUGCCGUGGUUAAAAAGAAUUGUGUGAUGCUGAUCUUGCAAUGUUCUCACAUGCUUUGCUACCUGUAGCAUAUUGUACUACAAGGUUCGUGAUGUGCUUGUCAUCAUAGCGUGUGAUAAAGUUGACCUUUCUAUUUUUUGCACUUUUACAUUAGUUUGUCUACCCAUUUGGACAUGAUGUGACGAGUGUAAUGUUGUCACUACACUCAGCGUUACAUUUUGUUUGUGUUUGAAUGCGCAUUUAUUACGCUUUACUUGCUUGCCUCGUCUGUGUAUUCAUGCUGGCACGGAAGUUUUGAUACACCUAGCACAAGAGAUGGCUAGCAAGCAUAUUGCCUCCUUCCUACCAAUGUACACCGAGCGUCCGAAUGCACAGAAUGCGGCGGUUGCGUUCAUUCUGGUGUGUUUUAUGAAAAUUGUGUGAACCUUUUUCUGAUGGUGACCACGAGUACAGAGUGCCGAUCAUAUGUACUGCUUCCAUCAAGCCUGUCAUUACUAUGAUGGGUCAACGGAUGUUUCCAUUUCAUAUUUCAUGUGAUAUUUAAAGAAGAGGCUGCACUUUCACGUUUCUAUCGUGUUUCAUGUUGCACUAGGAAGAAGAACUUUGCGCCGAUUUCCCGUUACUAUAACCACCAACUAUGGCAAAACAAACACGUUUGGACAUGAGUAGAAAGUAACAACUGCUGCAUCUACAGAAAGUGGCAAAUCAGAGGAUGCACACAACACAUACAAGCUGUUGUAGCGUCGUAUUUCUAAUGUUACAUGAGGAAAGAAGCACUUUGUCAUGUAUAUAUUGCACAAAACAAUGCUAGCUUGGGAGCAGCAGCCAAUGCAGUUCUUCACAUAUGAAGGGGCAUGAAGCAUUGCCUUACGACUGCUCCACGAGUACUACUGAUAAUAAGUCGCAGCCUUGGAGACUUGCAUAGUGACGAGGGUACAAUUGUUUCUGAGUCUGCGGCUGUGGCAUUCUUUUUAAACGAUUCUUUGUAUAACUUUACUUCGUUUGUGUUUAAAUUAUCAUAAUCUGUCGGAUGUGUGGAUUUGGAACAUUGGCCAUCUGUAUGGAGGUGCACUUGAUGUGCACACAAAUUUUUAAAUGUAUUUUUCACUGUACAA